AUGACAUUCAAGUGCCCACUCCUUGAAACACUCAUAAUACUAUGUUCCAAGGAUGAUGUCGAAAUCGGGAAGACGAUAGCUACUAUGGUAGCACUUGGCAUCGGCUUGGAGAAAAUACAAGUAAUUUUUUAUGAGGAUAUUGAAAGAGCAGAGAGGUGGGGUGUGAGUCUGGAAGAGUUGAAGAAACAGGACGCCUUAGAUAAGAUGCUGAAGGAAAAUCGAGAAAAGGUAAAGGGUAGUAAUGCACGGAGUGAUAACAAUAACGAUGGAGACGAGAUGGAGGAUGAAGACUACUACAGCGAUGAAGAAGAGAUGGAUGACGAGGACAGUGAGAUGGAUGAUGAAGAUGACGACGACGAUAUGUAG